AUGUUUGCCCGCGCCGGCCUCCGCACACUCCUCGCCCAGCGCCGUUCGCUCUCGGACGAGGCUCGCAAGCUGAUUGACGACGCUGUCAACAAGAACACCCUUGUCGUGUUCAUGAAGGGCUCGCCCGAGGCCCCCCAGUGUGGUUUCUCGCGCGCUGUCUGCCAGAUCCUCGAGGUUCAGGGUGUUCCCCGUGAGAAGAUCAUGUCGUUCAACUGUCUCGAGGACCCCGAGCUCCGUGAGGGCAUCAAGGAGUACAGCGACUGGCCCACCAUCCCCCAGGUGUACGUCAAGGGCGAGUUUGUCGGUGGAUGCGACAUUAUGAUCUCGAUGCACCAGUCGGGCGAGCUCGAGAAGCUCCUCGUCGCCGAGGGUCUUGCCGAGGAGCUCCCUCCCCUUGCCGAGGAGAAGUAA